AGAGCGUCAGCGAAGCCCACGUGCCAAUCCCUCCCUCAAACCUGUAAGCCCAGAUGGCAUCCGUACUUGGCACUUGCAGGCCGACCUUUCUGCAGCCGGUACCAGAUCCUUCUCUAUCAUUCAAUCGGAAAUCCUUUCUGAAGCAGACGGAGUUGCCGACACGAACCGUACACUUGCGGAAGAUACGUACUACCAUGGCAUCGGUCGGUGAGCUUAGCUUGCGGCAGGGGAUAGCAGAGUUUUACGACGAGUCCUCGGGCGUGUGGGAGAAUGUGUGGGGAGACCAUAUGCACCAUGGGUUCUACGACCCGCACGUUGAAGCCUCGAUUGCUGACCAUCGAGCUGCCCAGAUAAGGAUGGUCGAAGAAGCGCUGCGGUUCGCCGGAGUUCCAGGAGAAGAAGAAGACGGAAGAAGGAAGAGGCCAAAGAGGAUAAUAGACGUAGGGUGUGGAAUAGGGGGGAGCUCGAGAUAUCUAGCAAGGAAGUAUGGGGCCACGUGUCAGGGCAUUACGUUGAGCCCUGUCCAAGCUCGAAGGGCACAAGCUCUUGCCGUGGCUCAGGGCCUGGGAGAUAAGGUGUCUUUCCAAGUAGCAGAUGCAUUGGAGCAGCCAUUUCCUGAUGGGCAGUUCGACUUGGUUUGGUCAAUGGAGAGUGGAGAGCACAUGCCUGACAAAACUAAGUUUGUGAGUGAGUUGGCUCGGGUUGCAGCUCCUGGUGCAACCAUAAUAAUAGUGACAUGGUGCCACAGAGAUCUGUCACCCUCUGAGGACUCCUUGAAGCCCGAAGAAAAGAAUCUACUGAGUAAAAUAUGUGAUGCCUAUUAUCUUCCAGCCUGGUGCUCUGCUGCAGAUUAUGUUCGAAUAGCUCAGUCCUUAUCACUUGAGGAUAUCAAGACAGCGGAUUGGUCAGACAACGUAGCACCAUUUUGGCCGGCAGUUAUCCACUCUGCCUUAACAUGGAAGGGCCUCACUUCAUUGCUGAGAAGCGGAUGGAAAACCAUAAGAGGGGCGUUAGUAAUGCCACUGAUGAUCAAGGGUUACAAGAAGGAACUAAUCAAAUUCGCCAUCAUUACAUGCCGUAAACCGGAAUGAGCUCCAAAUCUAGGAAUGGGUCUGUCACCGACUCACCAGGCUUUUCUUCCUUCAACCAUAGUGAUUAAUAUUCCAUAUUUCUGCCUUAAUUGCACUGCAUUUUAGUGAAAUUGCAUUGGGCAAUUGAUGGAACAGCAGAGAUUUAUAUUCUGGACAUCGUUAGAAAUAAGUCCGCAACUCGGACUGACUCACUCAGUCCUGGGUGAACUUGAGACUUGCAUGAGUCAGGGGUGACUUGCGGUAAUGAACUGGGUCGGGUCCAACCAAGUCCGAGUUGACCAUCUAUAUGAACAUGGAUAGAAUGGAGGAAAUAAUA